AUGAAGCUUACCCUCCCCUUGAUCGCCCUCCUAGGCGCCCACCUAGUCUCCGCCCACUACAUCUUCCAACAAUUCGGCGUCAACUCGCAAAAGUUCCCCGUCUACCAGAACCUGCGCAAAAACACAAACAACAACUCCCCCGUCACCGCGCUCUCCUCGCCUGAUCUCCGAUGCAACGUCGGCGGCGCUUCGGGGGCCUCCACCACCACCGUCAACGUCAAAGCCGGCGACUCUUUCACUUUUUACACCGACCAGGCUGUCUAUCAUCAGGGACCGAUUUCCCUGUAUAUGAGCAAGGCACCUUCUGGUGCAGUGGCUGAUUAUGAUGGGAGUGGGGAUUGGUUCAAGAUCUAUGAUUGGGGACCGACGUUUGGCGGUUCCGGGGCGUCUUGGCCUUUGAGGUCGGAUUACACCUUCAAGAUCCCCACCUGCAUCAAGAACGGGGAGUACCUCUUGCGCAUCCAGUCGCUGGCUAUCCACAACCCGGGCAGCACGCCGCAGUUUUACAUCAGCUGCGCGCAGGUUAAUGUCACGGGGGGCAGCGGCAGCAAGGAGCCUGGCCCGUUGGUGAAGAUCCCGGGCGCGUUCAAGGCGACGGAUCCGGGAUAUACUGCUAAUAUCUAUAACAAUUUCAAGUCGUACAUCAUUCCUGGCCCUUCAGUGUUUACUUGCUAG